AUGUCAAGUCUUCGAGAGCUCAAGCCUGAUGAGUUUGGAGAUCGUGAUAUGCUCAGUAAAGUAGUCCGUGCACGAUCUAGCUCACUUGUUGAGAGGCAAAGAGAUGCGGAUGCUCCUUUUCGAAAUUCGAGAGUCGUUUGUACCAGUCGAAGAUUGGAAGUCGAUCUGGGCAUCAAGCAUGGAGUUGAUUCGACGUCGCAAAUUCCUUUGGAAGUGAGGUUGGCGGAGGCUAGGAAAGCAAGAGAGUCAUCUGCCCGGACAAAAGGUUCUUCUGUAACGUCAGCGACUGAUCCAAAGGUGGACAAAUCUAGCCCUGCAGGGGAUGCAGGCGUGUCUGAUCUGCUAAAAACGCAAUUUCUAUCAAGUCCAUCCUCUUGUGCUGAGCUGGUUGACCAAAUCCGUCAGGCUGGCGAUCUUGGUACUUUUUCAAGUCUUUCCUUGGAAAAGCAAAAGGAAGCGACACUUCAUCUGCUUCAAAAGGGAAUAGUUUUUGCUGCUGAGACCAUUCGGAACUCGUCUGCUGUUGCCCCAUCUUCUGUUCAGCUCAGCGAGUUGGAGAAGAAGAAUGCCGAGUUAGUUAGCAAACUUUCCGCCGAGCAGACCCGUUAUGAGAAGAAGACGUCUGAUUUGCGGGCGAUGAUAUCUGAGUUGAAGAGCUCCCUUGCUGAGAAGGAUUCCGAGCUUAACUCUUCUGCUGCUGACUUGGCAACUAGACUUCACGCCUACCAUGAGUCUGCUGAGGAAUCCAAGUCCGAAGUUGCCAUGGACGCGUACAAGUUGGGCUACCUGGACUGCACAAGAGGAUAUGAUCCCUUCUACGCCAUUGGAGAUGAAGACAUCGAGAUGCUCUAUCCAGACUUGCCCCCUGCGCAAAGUGAGAAGGCUAAUGCUGUGAACAUCGAAGGAGCUGAAGAGCAGGUGACUAAAGAGGCGGUAGCUGAGGAGGAUGGAGCAGAGGAGGAUGCAGCCGAUGGUGGUGGCAGACGUCAUAGAUCAGGCAUGUGGAGCUGCUGA